GUUUCGUAUGUCAUAUUUCAUUCUGUGAAUUCGUCUGCAACUUGCAAAAUUUUAUACUCGUGAAAAACACAAUUUAUAUCUGAAAAAACUGAAAAACUAUUAAAUAAAGUAUUCAAGAUAACGUUGUUACGCAAAGGACUAUGUCCAAAGAAGAAGUGAAACCUGAAGUAAUGGAAGCUAACGACAAUUCGAAUGAAACAACUUCGGAGGCUACAACAUCCUCUGCUGAGAAGGAAGUCGAUUUCGACAACAAGAUUGAAAAUGAUCGAGGCAAACGAUUUGAUUUUUUGCUGAAACAAACAGAAAUCUUCACACAUUUCAUGACAAAUAGUUCGAAAAGCCCAACCAAACCUAAAGGACGACCAAAGAAGAACAAAGACAAAGACAAGGAGAAGGAAAAAGAUGGCGGGGCUGACCAUCGUCACCGUAAGACGGAGCAGGAGGAAGAUGAGGAACUGUUGGCGGAAGAUACACAAUCGAAGGAAAUUUUUCGUUUCGAGAGUUCGCCCAGUUACAUUAAAGGUGGAGAAAUGCGCGAUUAUCAAGUGCGUGGCUUGAACUGGAUGAUAUCGCUAUAUGAAAACGGUAUAAAUGGUAUUUUGGCCGAUGAAAUGGGUUUGGGUAAAACUUUACAAACGAUUUCUUUGCUUGGCUAUCUCAAACAUUUCAAAAAUCAAGCUGGUCCACAUAUUGUCGUCGUACCCAAAUCCACUUUACAAAAUUGGGUGAAUGAAUUCAAGAAGUGGUGUCCUUCAUUGCGCGCCGUCUGUCUCAUUGGUGACCAAGACGCUCGUAACACAUUUAUACGUGAUGUAUUAUUACCAGGUGAAUGGGAUGUUUGCGUCACCUCUUAUGAAAUGUGUAUCCGUGAAAAGUCUGUUUUCAAGAAAUUCAAUUGGCGUUAUAUGGUUAUUGAUGAAGCACAUCGUAUCAAAAACGAAAAGUCCAAGCUCUCGGAAAUUCUGCGAGAAUUUAAAACAGCAAAUCGUCUACUGAUUACUGGUACGCCAUUGCAGAAUAACUUGCACGAAUUGUGGGCUUUGUUAAAUUUCUUGUUGCCGGAUGUCUUCAAUUCAUCGGAAGAUUUCGAUGAAUGGUUCAAUACAAACACUUGCCUAGGCGACGAUGCACUUAUUACACGUUUACACGCUGUAUUGAAACCAUUCUUAUUACGUCGUCUCAAGGCUGAGGUGGAACGUCGUCUUAAACCUAAAAAAGAAAUUAAAAUAUUUGUCGGUCUUUCAAAGAUGCAGCGUGAAUGGUAUACAAAAGUAUUGAUGAAAGAUAUUGAUGUGGUGAAUGGUGCGGGUAAAUUGGAGAAAAUGCGUCUACAAAAUAUUUUGAUGCAGUUGCGUAAAUGCACCAAUCACCCAUAUCUGUUUGAUGGUGCCGAACCCGGUCCACCGUAUACCACUGAUACACAUUUGGUCUAUAACUCGGGCAAAAUGGUCAUACUCGAUAAAUUAUUGCCUAAGUUGCAAGCACAAGGUUCACGUGUACUUAUAUUUUCUCAAAUGACACGCAUGUUGGAUAUACUGGAAGAUUAUUGUUUGUGGCGUAACUAUCAAUAUUGUCGUUUAGAUGGCCAAACACCGCACGAGGAUCGUAACAGACAAAUACAAGAAUACAAUAUGGAAAAUAGUUCCAAAUUUGUUUUUAUGCUUUCAACACGCGCUGGAGGUUUGGGCAUAAAUUUGGCAACCGCUGACGUGGUUAUCAUUUAUGAUUCGGAUUGGAAUCCUCAAAUGGAUUUGCAGGCUAUGGAUCGUGCGCAUCGUAUCGGUCAAAAGAAGCAGGUGCGUGUUUUCCGUUUCAUCACAGAAAACACGGUGGAAGAAAAGAUUGUGGAGCGUGCUGAAGUUAAGUUGCGUCUUGACAAAUUGGUUAUACAACAAGGACGUUUGGUAGACAAUAGAACGGCACAAUUGAACAAAGACGAAAUGCUAAAUAUCAUUCGUUUUGGCGCAAAUCAUGUCUUCGCUUCCAAAGACUCUGAAUUAACUGAUGAAGACAUCGACACCAUUUUGGAGCGUGGUGAGGCGAAGACUGCCGAAGAUAAAGCUAAACUGGAUGAGUUGGGAGAAAGCUCUUUACGCACAUUCACUGUUGACACUGGUGGCGGUGAGGGCGGUUCAACUUCUGUUUAUCAGUUUGAGGGUGAAGACUACAGAGAAAAACAGAAAUUAAAUGCAUUGGGAAAUUGGAUCGAACCGCCGAAGCGUGAACGUAAAGCCAAUUAUGCUGUAGAUGCAUAUUUCCGAGAGGCUUUGCGUGUUUCCGAACCAAAAGCGCCGAAAGCGCCACGUCCACCCAAACAACCUAUAGUGCAAGAUUUUCAAUUUUUUCCACCACGUCUCUUUGAGUUGCUCGAUCAGGAGAUUUACUACUUCCGUAAAACAGUAGGCUAUAAAGUGCCGAAAAACCCCGAAUUGGGUUCGGAGGCAACUAAAAUGCAACGAGAGGAACAACGCAAAAUCGAUGAAGCCGAACCGCUGAGUGAAGAGGAGAUUGCCGAAAAGGAAUCACUUUUAACACAGGGCUUCACCACAUGGACCAAACGUGAUUUUAAUCAGUUCAUUAAAGCGAACGAGAAAUACGGACGUGACGACAUAGAAAACAUUGCAAAAGAUGUGGAAGGCAAAACGCCCGAGGAGGUUAUUGAAUAUAAUGCGGUAUUUUGGGAACGCUGUCAUGAGCUGCAGGAUAUCGAAAGAAUUAUGGGUCAAAUCGAGCGAGGCGAAGCGAAGAUACAACGAAGAUUAUCAAUCAAGAAAGCACUAGAUCAAAAGAUGUCACGCUAUCGUGCACCAUUCCACCAACUACGCCUUCAAUAUGGCAAUAAUAAAGGUAAAAAUUAUGUGGAACGAGAAGACCGUUUUUUGGUAUGCAUGCUGCAUAAACUCGGUUUUGAUAAGGAAAAUGUGUAUGAGGAGUUACGUGACGCUAUACGUUCAUCACCAGAGUUUCGCUUCGAUUGGUUUAUAAAAUCUCGCACAGCACUCGAACUACAACGACGAUGCAACACACUUAUAACGCUCAUUGAGCGCGAGAAUAUUGAACUCGAAGAAAAAGAACGUCAAGAGAAAAAGAAGAAGGCCGCUAAGAACUCGACUGGUGCGAGUACAACGAGUGCACCACCGGCAAAGACCAAUCAGAAGCGCAAAUCCGAAGCAAUGCCCGUUGAAAAGAACGCAAAGAAGAAGAAAAAAUAGAUUUAAAGUAUUAUACAUACAUAAACUACAUUAUAUUUAUCUAUAAUACAACCGACCGCUGUUAGAAAGGUAGCGAUUUCGAUGAUGUAUCCAACAUAUAUUUGAUACAACUGUUCACUAUUUUAUUUAAGGGGAGAUCAACAUACGCAGCAUUAUCAAUAUGUCACUUUUACCAUAUUUUUUUAUUCAUUUA